AUGUCAAGUGACUCUGUGCCCAGCUCAACAGUCAUCGACAUCACGCCAUGGAGCGACAGGAAAAAGUUCGAUGCAGAAGUGCAGCAUAUACUGCUGCAAUUCGAAAAGCCAAAGGAAUGGGCUGAUUUGAUGAAUUGCUUGCUCAAACUACAUAGAAGUAUACGACAGUCACCAAUAUGUGAAAUCCCACAGAAGGAAACUAUAUGCAAGAGAUUGGCGCAAUGCCUUAAUCCACAACUGCCAAGCGGUAUACACGUCAGAGCUCUGGAGGUAUAUAGCUCAAUAUUGGAAAAAACCGGGCCAGAGGGGCUGGCGCAAAACCUGGCGCUCUUCAGUAGCGGGCUAUUUCCGUUCUUCACCUAUAGCUCGUCGUCAGUGAGGCCCAUCUUUCUGAACCUCAUAGAGCAAUUCUAUAUACCGCUAGGGAAAAAAUUGCUGCCGUGCCUCAUAGGGUUACUAAUUUGCAUACUGCCAGGUUUGGAAGAUGAUAAGUCAGAGACCUAUGAACAGGUCUACAAGGCGCUCGAACGCAUCAGCGAUUGUGUUUCCGAAAGGAGUUAUAUGCGCGCACUUUGGGUCAUAUUGCUCAAUGCAAGCAAAAUCAGGUUGUCUACCCUCACGGUCAUCGCAAAUAAACUGGCGCCAGGAUUGCCAAUGCUACCGCCAGAAAGAGUGGAAAUAUUAGUACCGCACAGGCACGUAUUAGUGAUGAAAAGUUUGGAAGCGACCACUGAAGAUGACUCCCUUUUAGUUCUCAGGGAAAUGAUCAACAUGUUGAUCAAACAUUUCCCAAUGAACUCCGACAUUCUCAGUGAUGUAGACAAAUCCGUCUUGUGCAGACAAUGCCUCAAACUACUGACAAAAAGGAACUGGUCGCUCAAUAGGCGGUUGUAUCACUGGAUCUUCAACGCUACCAACGAUUUCAAUACGUCCUCCGAGUCUCUGGAUCUCACAUAUUUCACGAAGUAUUCAAAGGACAAUCUCAUUGCAGCCAUCAAAGACCUACUCAUGGCCAAGGGGAAAAACCUAGAUGAAGUGUUGAUACCUAUUAAAAUUAUUGUUACAUUCAUCACGGAUGCUGAUCUUAAGGGGGUCUCCGAUAAACUCAUGCCUGAGCUCUGUAUACCCAUUCUGAAGUAUAUAUGCAAAGAACAUGAGGAAGAAGAAUGGAGGGCAAAUGUAAUCGAGGGAACAAGACUAAUAUUCGACACAAGCCUUACACCGACGAGCGUCAUAUUCGAAUCUAUAGUAGAUGAGUACAACGCGUGCGCUGCAUCGACUUACGCAAACUGCUCCAGCAUAUGGCAUGGCCUCCUGGAGCUGAGCAGCGUCUAUCUGGACGAGGUUUGCCCGCAACUAUACCUAGAAGAUGUACUAUGUGGGCUUUUCAUGUUGAUGAACAACGCUCUAGACCAUCUUCACAGACUCAAAAUCGAAAAGGACCUCACGAUUAUCAACCAUGUAAUCAUGUAUGUAUCAACCAUAUUCUCAAGGAUAGAGGCAAUCAUAAGGGGUGAUGGCAAUUCUAUACCUUUUGAUGAUACCAUAAAGUUGGAAGAGGAUGAAGAUAACAAAUUGAACAUGGUUGUGGAGUAUCAAACUACGUGCAACACAUACAUAUCCAGAUAUUUGGACACUUUGUACACCGACGCGCUUACGUAUUUCGAAAAACGUACAGAUCAGCUAUCAGCCUACGAAGUCAACACCGUAGAUGCCCUAAAUCACCUGGCUGUUCGAUUUGUUGCUCUUGAUGGAUGGAUGGCCAUUGUUCCACUGACAAAGGGGUUCAGAGAAUCUAAGACGUAUAUCGAUUCGAUAGAGGAUAUGGAGUUAGAUACACUUAAUGAAACUUAUCUUCCGGAUGCUGCUGGAGUGGAACUGACACCUUUGAACUCGUGCAGACUACCAAUGUUGUUCAGAAGCGAUUCGGAGUUGUCAAGAAACAGCGAAAUGACGCCACCAAAUUUCAAAGUAACGAAGAGUAGGUGUGCGUUUAAGUUGGAAAACUGGAUGGAGGCAUUACUCAACUGUACUAUUUCCAAUAACGCACAACUAUUUUGCAGAGGGAUUAGAACAUUCAUAGAAAUCCUUAGGUUACCCAACAAACGAGAGAUGUAUACAUACGUCGAAACAGAUGGCGAACAUGUGCGGAGUAUCGUUGAAAGGUUGUGGAACUCUCUUGACGAUACCCACGCAGCAAACCAUUCAGAAAUAGUGUUACUACUGAUACAAUUUAACACAACCAUGCCUCUUUCGAGAAUAGAAACAGAAAAAAUCAUUGUGAAAGAUCUCACAAGUUUGUACACGGAUGUCAAAGUUGCUGCGAUGCUAAGGUUUGGUGUACUCUGGAGGUAUGGUUACAUACAUGCGCCAGAUGAAGAACUGUUUCCAGAAGCACUGGGUUGUAUAUUGGAUAACGUAGAGGAAGCUGAUCCAAAGUUGAGGUACUAUUCCUGCUCAUUUCUCUCUGAAUCAGUUGCAAUAUUGCCAAACCUCAUUAAUCCCAUUCUACGAGCACUCGUGUCAUUCGAUAAGGUCAACCCUGCAUCUUACAGCACUCAUAUUGUGGACGUUUUAAGGAAGUUCCGCCAUUUAUCGUAUAUUGUAAGUCGUGAAGGUCCCAUGUUACUUGAUUUGAUGCAACGGUGCCAAGCGCCGCCGCAACUCAUUGAGCUUGUUCAAGGGGAAGAUCUAUAUAGCACUAUGCUUGGGGUCACGGAGUCAAGUCAAGGAGUGAAAACGUGUGGCGUUGUAGGUGACGGGACGAACAAUUCCCAGCCGAAAAAUGAAGACAAUACGCCGGUGGAGAGUAAGCGCUUAGAACCUCUUGUGGCUUUUCCCGUACUCAGAGAUCCAAGACGUAUUUCAUAUGAAGACGUAUGUAUAUAUGAUUACGUAGAUCUCAUAGUGGUACUCACAUUGAAGUAUAUAUGUCUAGAUGUGGAUGUUUCCGCAUUGCUAAAUUUCACGACAUUUGAAGGAUUGGUGCAAUACGCAAAUGGGACUACGGAACAUCAACUGGAAAGGACGCACAUGUCACACGAAAAUACUAUGUUGUUCAGAUGUACAGCCAUAGAUUUCAUGAAAUUAUUCUUGUCCACCAUUCAACCCACAAGCAGGGCGAAAGAGGUGGCGUGUCUGAUAUCGAGACCAUUACUGUUUGUGUUGUACCAUUUCCACUUGAAGGAUGAGGCGAUCAUUCAGACUCAACUGUUGUACUUGCUUAAAGUUGUAGUGGACAGGUGUCAUGUAGAGGCGCAGUCUGUUAGUGAAAUCACAACUGCUCUCAUAGAAUCCACUAAGCAACUCUCUAGGCAAACGUCUAUUCAAAACAAAGGGAAUAAAUCUAAACCAUCCGAAGUAGAAUCGCCAUCGGUGAAGUCUGAAGAUAGUGAAGCGGGAAGGGUUGAUUUAGCUGAAGUAGAGCGAAAAGAGAUGGUUGGGAGGUCGACGGUUGGCGGUCAAGAAAGUAAGAAUUGGCGGAAGUACAUCACGGACGUACCGAAUAACACCAUGAUGGCACCAACGGAUGCGGCAUCGAUGCAGGAAUACUAUGCACGGGAUGCGAUAGGUGGCGAGCGUAGGGAUCUGUUUGAUAAGAAAUGCUGUAUACUAUCCAGGAUGUAUAUAAUCAAUCUAGUCGCAGUGAAACAACAACAUGUAGGCAAACUUAAAAAACUCUCGGACGAUCCGUUUUUCGGGGAAAUUUUGGAAUCAUGUAUUCGAAACACUGCUAAAUCAAGUAGAACACAUCUGCUACAGUCAUACAUUGGGUUCUCAUUACAUUCGCUGAAGUACCUCACUGGAUCGGAUUCGAUCAGAUAUUCAGCUGCUUUCAUAACGCACUUCUGUACCCAUCUCAGUCAAGGAAGAGAAUGCAUCAAUAUUGCUGCGGUUUCACAAUAUCUAAGGGGAAUUUGUGUGAUGCUGGGACAUAUAACCACUAAAUUGGGAGACUUCAAAAUGGAUCUGAAGUCAUCGGAAAGGUUCAACCACGAAAAUUCCUUGCCACCCUGCAGUUUAUCGUCUAUUCUUAGCUUGACGACAACAGACCGAGAGCACAAUGACGGAAGCGAUUCUGGUAGGUCUCUAUUCGGUUUUGGAUCGAAGCAAAAGGGAAACGAGGCGACUAUCAAGAACCCAAUCAAAUUUGAAAUAGCACAAGUGGUGAGCAUAUGUAUUGAAUGCCUGCUCUGGGUGAAAACGCGAAACAAUAUUGGUACUGUAAAUAGGGGGAGAGGAUUGGCAGGUGGUGAUACUGUGGUUGUUGAAUCUCCACACGGAGAUUCUAUUGGAUUCAAGGGUGAUGGGAGCAUUUCGCAAUCUAUCAGGCUAGACAUCAUCAUGUCGAUACAAAAUAUAUACAAUGAAAUUUUGCAAGGGUUCAGAUUAUUAUUCGAAUUCCUGCCAUAUCACUUCACAGAAGGGUGCCUCAUCCUUUGGGACAAGGCUGAAAACACACAAGUGUGUCGUGAGAUGAAACUUGAACUGAUGAGCUGUCUCAAUGCCAUCCCGCAGUUCUCGAGGCAUAAAAUGAUCUCGUAUAUUAUUGACAUGCUAGAGCCCUUUGCAAAAUCUUCAAAGUAUAAGGUUAUAAAGGGAUAUCAGCUACUCAGCAGCGAUGUUAGGGAUAACUCUGUAUGUGAAUUCAUAUAUGCUCUAACAGACCUGCCUAUGGCCGCCAAAAAGGACAUAGAAGGGACUUUCGAAGUCAUGAAGCGAUAUAUAGGAUUCGUGCUUAACAACCCAAGACAGCCAAUGGUUUUGCUUUGGGCGUUCCAAACCAUUAGUAACUUCGAUAAGUCGCAUCCAACAAAGAAUGUCAAUGUUAUCGGAAAGCUAAUGAAAAAGUGGCUAAGUGAACUCAUGUAUGGGUUGAUAUAUCAGUGCGUUGGUUUGUACAUGUAUAAGGUCUGUACGUGGUUACCACCAAAGUUGUAUGACCUCGAACCGCCACUGCCACCACAUAUAUACAUGAUCAAUAGCUACUACUUCGACCGAGUCAACCCGAAAAACUCCGUGUUGACUUGUGGUAGUUAUACGGUGAAACACGACGCUACAAAAUCCAAUGGUGAAACAACAGCAGUCGAUAGUCUUGAUUGCCUCUGCAAAAACGCACUUGCGCAAUUGGUCGUAUUUAGCUACGAAACAGUGCAACUAAGCAGAAGAACGGCCGUGGCAAAUAUAUUCUUUCAUGUACUCUGCGACAACUUAGGGUCCUAUAUACUACCGAUUUUGCAACAGAAAAUGGACCAACCUCUAGACUACCGUUAUCUGGUGCUCUUGUUGUUGCGCCAUCUACCCUUUGAGCUUUAUGAAGGGUCGUUGCAAUGUAUAAAGCGCGCAAUAAUAGACUACAUCAACACAAGUGGCUUCUUCAAAACGGAUCGCAGAGGGUUGAGAUGUAUAACAAAAAUAUUUCGUUUGGUAGCGGAUGAUGAAUGCAAAGGCACCGUGGACAGACUCAGCAAGCUGGAUAUCUACACGUGCCCUCCUCACAGUUCGGUGUUCACAAGCAAGUCUAUAGAUAUACAAGCGCGUAUUAAAUACCUUAAAAGGUUGGCAUUUGUUCUCUAUGCAUGUCGCAAUGAUACUUUCGCGACACAUAUCGCAACCAUCAUAGAGAGGCUCACAGAUAAUUGUAAAGCUUAUGAUGAUGACAAUUUGAGAGCUAAAACAUUGCUGGUUAUGAGGGUCCUCCUUAUUAAAGUGUCGCAGAAGUAUCUGACGGUGCUAUGGCCUGUUCUCCUUUCGGAACUUAUAAAGGUGUUCGACAGAGAAAAUAAGGCAUUGGUCGGACAUGACGCACUACAGAGUACUACCCCAAUGGACAGACACAGUGCUACCGCUGAAACGGAUCAGCCAACUGCUGUCAGCGCAGACUUGUCCCCGAGCAGAUACACGCUCCUGAAAGAAGUAUUGAAAAUAAUCGACGUCGCAUACGCGCUCAGGUUGAACGAUUUCCUCAUCUAUCAGUGGAUGUUCUUAAACGAUAGGGCCGACAAUGAUUACACAGAAAAACCAGAUGACGUGGAAAUGGAUGCGUUCGAGUUCAAGCCUUUCCUUAUGAUCGUUGAGCAAAAAUAUCCAGAAGAGGUUAAAAGACACCUGCUCAACGACCAAUACCUCAAAAUGAAAAAAUUCAUAAGCGUAUCAAGUGUUCAAGACACAGAAUUUUUACAGACAUUGCCUGCCGCCAGUGACCAGAGAAAAGUACUGGAUAAACCAUCAGAAGAGAAAGGGGAGGGGCAAACUGCCUUCAGGAACAGUCAAGAUCCCACUGACAGAAGGAAGCAUUUGCAGGAACUUAUCGACCUGUCAAUCGAAAACGAACUAAUGGAAACGAGCAGUGACCUUAGGGACCAAGAUGUUGAGCUCAAUAUUCACCAGAUAUGCAAAAUAAGCGCCAUAGGAGGGAUGCCAAGUAGUACCCGGUCGGAAGGGCCUCCUCGGGGAGGUGGUGAACGGGAGCAGAAAGGAGAGCGAAAGCAAAUACACAGAAGUGCCUUGCAAAAUGAAACAUCGCAAAAUGCAAGGUACAACAGUACAGCAACUGGAACCAUGGAGCAAGAAGAUAUCGCAAAUGAUACAUCUAUCACGGCGCUCGUGAAAAAUGUGGUUAGACUUUAUAUCGCAGACUGUAAAGCUAGACCGGAUCCGUUCGCAGCCAAUAUGGAAGUAAAAGUCGAGGAAGGCAGCGCCCCUGAGUAUUCUCAUUUGCAGCUCAACGGGAUAGAUGUUAGCGCUCUUGUCAAUUUCUCGUUGGAGAGGGUACCGGAGUCCAAAAGAGCAGACUUGUUGGAGCUCAGGAGAGCUCUAGCCGAUGCGGAUGCCAUGGGAAUUGUUGUGCUAGUCAAGAGUGUAUGUGCUAUUAUAGGCUAUCAACAGCUUUUGACGCCUGAAGCACGAAAAAACUUCAAUGAUGAACACUUGCAGGACUGGAUCAAAUCACACGACGCCGAAGUAUUCAUGGACAAAAACUAUGAAAGGAUAUAUGCUAGGUGGAAAAACUUCCUAAAAAGGCAAACGCCACUCGGAACAAAUCUAUGCGACUACUUCUGCGGAGACUUUCUUAAAUCAGUACUUAUCAUCAACGCAGACAGGGUUAGAUCAGAACUCGAAAAAACGGUAUUCAAGUAUCACCCUGAUAUGAUUAUAACUCUAUUGUGCAAGGAAUGUGGUCUUACGGAUGAACAGGCAAAAAUCAUAGGUACCAUGAGCAGUGCCGAUGGAUACCAGCUUCAGUCAUUAUUGCCUUCCGAAACCGGAUUAGGAUUUCUACACCGAGAUGCUGGAGGCGCGAAAGAGGAAGAUCUAGGUAUCAUAUCAUUCGAUUGUAUUACAAAUGAUAGAGAACCAGGGCAUCUGAUAAAACUGGUCACCGUCAAAAAUAUAUUCUCCAGGCAACUGCCAAAGAUGCCUAGGGAAUACAUUGUUAGACUGGUGUUCGACAGAAACCACUACACAUUUUGCUUGUUAAAGAAGGGAGAAGUUAUUGGUGGUAUUUGUUUUAGGCCAUACUUUGAACAAAGGUUUGCAGAAAUUGCAUUUCUUGCUGUAAAGUCCACCGAACAAGUGAAAGGAUAUGGUACACGUAUCAUGAAUCACCUCAAAGAGCAUGUCAAAAAGUCGAAUAUUGAAUAUUUUUUAACAUACGCAGACAAUUUCGCCAUAGGCUACUUCAGGAAACAGGGAUUUUCGCAGAAAAUCUCCAUGCCCAAGGAACGUUGGUUCGGAUACAUCAAGGACUACGACGGAGGAACGCUGAUGGAGUGUUACAUAUCGCCUAAUAUCAACUAUCUUAGGUUGAGUGAUAUGCUGGGUAAACAAAAGGCCAUUAUAUCACAGUGCAUCGAGGCCAUCAAACCACUGAAAGUAUACAACGGGCUUAAGUUCUUCAAAGAGAAUCCGGGGGCCACCCUAAACCCCAAAGACAUACCAGGGCUUUUGGAGGCGGGCUGGACUGAAGAAUCAGCAGCCACAAACAAACAUGGAGGGGAUGCAUUUGCGUCGGCAGAUGAUCCUGAAGGUAAAAAACCACUCAAAACGUGUAUAUUGGAUCUGUUGAAUAACUUAGAGAAACAGCAAAGUUCGUGGCCCUUCAGAAAGCCCGUCAAGCAAUCGGAGGCACCAGACUACUAUGACAUCAUCAAGAACCCUACUGAUAUAUCGACUAUGAAGAGGAAGGCCAAAAAUGGAGAAUACAAAACGAAGGCCCAGUUCGGAGAAGAACUCAAGCGCAUGUUCGACAACUGUAGAAGGUACAAUACACCACAUACUAUUUACUACAAGUACGCAAACGAGCUGCAAGCUUUCAUUUGGCCUCAAUAUGAGGGCAUUCAAGAAUGA